AUGGCCAAAAUUUCCGGCAAGGUCAGUGUGUUGCAGGAACCCGCUGGCCGAGAAAGGGAGAGCGGCCCCGCGCGGGCCGGCGGCGGGCAGGGCUCCCGGCCCGCGGCCAUCUUGGCCCCGGAGGGCACGGCCCCCCGCCUGCACCCCCUUCUCAGAGCCCUGCCCGCCGCACGCGCGGGCCCGGGAGGUGGGGGUGUCCUCACCGCGCCCCCUAGAGCUGAACCCGGCAGGCCGGCUCCCGGACCCCCGCGCCCUCCCGGAACCAAGGGUCCGGCCCGGGAAGACGCCUCGGCGGCGGGCGAAGCCCCGAGCAAACGGCUGCCCCACAGAAUCAAUGUCCGGGUUACCACCAUGGAUGCGGAGCUGGAGUUCGCCAUCCAGCCAAACACCACUGGGAAGCAGCUUUUUGAUCAGGUGGUUAAGACUAUCGGCCUCCGGGAAGUGUGGUACUUUGGCCUCCAGUAUGUGGACAAUAAAGGAUUUCCUACCUGGUUGAAACUUGAUAAAAAGGUGUCCGCCCAGGAACUCCGAAAGGAGAACCCGCUCCAGUUCAAAUUCCGCGCCAAGUUCUACCCGGAAGACGUGCCGGAGGAGCUCAUCCAGGACAUCACCCAGAAGCUCUUCUUCCUGCAAGUGAAGGACGGGAUCCUGAGCGACGAGAUUUACUGCCCCCCCGAGACGGCCGUGCUCCUGGGGUCCUACGCCGUGCAGGCCAAGUUUGGGGACUACAACAAAGAGACCCACAAGUCGGGGUACCUCAACUCCGAGCGCUUGAUCCCCCAAAGAGUGAUGGACCAGCACAAGCUCACCCGAGACCAGUGGGAGGACCGCAUCCAGGUGUGGCAUGCCGAGCACCGAGGGAUGCUCAGGGACAGCGCCAUGCUGGAGUACCUGAAGAUCGCACAGGACCUGGAGAUGUACGGCAUCAACUAUUUCGAGAUCAAGAACAAGAAAGGGACCGACCUUUGGCUCGGCGUGGACGCCCUGGGGCUGAACAUUUACGAGAAGGAUGACAAGUUGACCCCAAAGAUUGGCUUCCCGUGGAGUGAAAUCAGAAACAUCUCUUUCAAUGACAAGAAGUUUGUCAUCAAGCCCAUUGACAAGAAGGCCCCUGACUUCGUGUUUUACGCCCCUCGCCUGAGGAUCAACAAGCGGAUCCUGCAGCUCUGCAUGGGCAACCACGAGCUGUACAUGCGCCGCCGCAAGCCCGACACCAUCGAGGUGCAGCAGAUGAAGGCCCAGGCCCGCGAGGAGAAGCACCAGAAGCAGCUGGAGCGGCAACAGCUGGAGACGGAGAAGAAGCGCAGAGAGACGGUUGAGAGGGAGAAGGAGCAGAUGAUGAGGGAGAAGGAGGAGCUGAUGCAGAGGCUCCAGGACUACGAGCAGAAGACCAAGAAGGCUGAGAAAGAACUCUCUGACCAGAUCCAGAGGGCCCUGCAGCUGGAGGAGGAGAGGAAGCGCGCCCAGGAGGAGGCCGAGCGCCUGGAGGCGGAUCGCGUGGCUGCGCUGCGUGCCAAGGAGGAGCUGGAGAAGCAGGCCGUGGAUCAGAUAAAGAGCCAGGAGCAGCUGGCCGCCGAGCUCGCUGAGUACACAGCCAAGAUCGCCUUGCUGGAGGAGGCUCGGAGGCGCAAGGAGGACGAGGUGGAGGAGUGGCAGCACCGGGCCAAAGAGGCCCAGGACGACCUGGUGAAGACCAAGGAGGAGCUGCACCUGGUGAUGACGGCGCCACCGCCGCCGCCCCCGGCGUACGAGCCGGUGAAUUACCACGUGCAGGAGAGCCCGCAGGAGGAGGGCACCGAGUACACGGGCUACAGCGCCGAGCUCUGCAGCGAGGGCAUCAGGGACGACCGCAACGAGGAGGAGCGCGUCACCGAGGCCGAGAAGAACGAGCGUGUGCAGCGGCAGCUGAGGACCUUGACCAGCGAGCUGUCCCAGGCCCGAGACGAGAACAAGAGGACCCACAAUGACAUCAUCCACAACGAGAACAUGCGGCAGGGUCGGGACAAGUACAAGACCCUGCGGCAGAUCCGGCAGGGCAACACCAAGCAGCGGAUCGACGAGUUCGAGGCCAUGUAGAUGCCCGGCCAGGCGGCAGGACUGGGGCCGGCCUCCGGUGUGACGGCAUCGGCGUUGCCGCCACACACGUCCAACGCGUGCAUUUGGGGGGUUGUUUUUUGUUUUCUAGUCUUCUCGAUUUAGAAAGCUCGCAUCAUAUUCAUUUCUUUCAAAAGCGAGUAGUUCUUUCAGUGGGCGCGCUCGGGGGCUGGGGCCCGUGGAAGCUUCCCUGGUUUAUUAUCCCAAUUGUACCAUAGUGCCAAACGGCCCGAGUUUGAUCAUGAUUGUCUAUCUGGUCGAGGCCUGCUGUGUGUGGAGCAGGCCGAUUUGAAUCAGGACAGAUGCCGAUAAAGUCAGUGGCUGCACGUCAGCCUUUGUGAUAAGAUUAAGUUCAAUUAAAACCACCUGGUGGCUGACCUUCCGUGCCAUACUCUUCCCCCCCCCCCCCCAAGUAUUUGAAACGAGCUCAAUUGAUUGAUUCGUCCUUGGUUUUUUUACGAAGAGUUCAUCUUUUUUGUAUAUUUGAGGGGGUGCAGAAUUUGAGGGAUGAAUUUAUUUUGAAAAUUAGGUCUCACCCCUUCCCGCUGGCCAUGGUCCCCCCAACAGUGGCCGAGGCCCUCGUGGCUGCAAACUCUCGGGUUUUGCUUCACAGAGGAAUCCACUGUUGGACUUCGUGGCACCUAAUUAACCCUCCGCUGUAGAGGCUAGUAUUUAUACGUAAGUGAUAAUAUGGGUUUGUAACAUUAGUUUCAAAAGGGAAAGUUUUGUUCUGUAUAUUUUGUUACCUUUUACAGAAGAUUAAAAGAAUUACACAUGUGAAAAGCCGCAACAUGCGGCACUUACUCCGCCUGGAGACCGGUUCCCUGCUCAUCCCCCUGGAGUGAGGCGUAUUGGUUUUUUUGCCCGGUCGUGCACUCAGCGCAUGCCGACGACUACGCGCCUUGAUUUUCUAACAACGCAGCUUGUUUGGAAAAUGCACACUGUUAAUCAUGCAGACUCCACCCACGGAGGGACCCCUUCAGCCUGCUUUUAUCACCCCGUGUGUUUCAUAAGACCCUUGUCCAUCCCUCUCCUCAGCUUGGAGAAGCUGCAGGAGUGUGGUGCCCACACCCUGGGCUCGCCCUGCUUGGGUGCCGCAUGUAGCCACGUGAAAUAAAGAUCUGCUGGCCGUG